GACUUCCGAAGCACUUCUGGUUUUUGCUUUCAAAGUCUGCUGUCUCUUUACUCAGUUACUGUGUUUUCUCUUGUUUAUGUUAUAGAUCUAGAGUCUAGAUCUAGAUAUCUAGACCUCUGCUCGCAUCCGCCACUGCUCUAGUGUAGUCUAGUUAAUUUAUAGAUUCUAGGUUCUUCAACAAAUGGAAUUAAAUUUUUAGCUAGAACGCAAUGUGGCGCUGUUGUUGUUGUAAAUAUUCUCAUUCGAGUUUCACAGAAACUACAGCUGCUCUAUAUGAUGUUAAAGAAGGGUUUAUUGUUUUUGAUAAAAAUAAGGAUGGAUUGAUCAGCGAAGAUGAGAUCUGCACAGUCUUCAGAGACAUGGACAUGCCCAUCUCCCAAGAUGACGCCAAAUUUUUGAUCCGAGAGUUUGAUUUAGAUGGGGAUGGUUACCUUGACUUCAGUGAGUUUGUGGCUUUCAUGAAGAGAUACAUCCGGGCUUCUGGAGACAACGGCUCCCUUUCAAUGUUCUUUCAUUUCGAUCGAGACGGUGACGGCUUUAUCUCCCCUAGUGAGUUCAAGGAUUCCAUGAAGUUAUUAGGGGUCAAUCUGAGUACACCGGAAGCCGAAGCAAUGUUAAGUCCUUUCUUCAAGAACAAUGAGAAAAAGAUUUGUUACGACGAUUUCCGAAUUUUGAUGCAAAGAUUUAUUUGAACAUUGACGUUUUUAGUAGUAGGAAUACAGACUUGUGAUAGCAGUAGGAAUACAGACUUGUGAUAGCAGUAGGAAUACAGACUUGUGAUAGCAGUAGGAAUACAGACUUGUGAUAGCAGUAGGAAUACAGACUUGUGAUAGCAGUAGGAAUACAGACUUGUGAUAGCAGUAGGAAUACAGACUUGUGAUAGCAGUAGGAAUACAGACUUGGGAUAGCAGUAGGAAUACAGACUUGGGAUAGCAGUAGGAAUACAGACUUGUGAUAGCAGUAGGAAUACAGACUUGUGAUAGCAGUAGGAAUACAGACUUGUGAUAGCAGUAGGAAUACAGACUUGUGAUAGCAGUAGGAAUACAGACUUGUGAUAGCAGUAGGAAUACAGACUUGUGAUAGCAGUAGGAAUAUUGACUUGAUUUCGUACGGUUAUUUUGUUUCUGACCAAUGCAAAGCAAUAAAAUCGUAGACUGCCUGUA